UCCAAGGUGAGACUCCCUCUCAGUCACAGCGCUCACUGCCCCACGCACCGAGCACUGUUUUAUUCCUCACCUAUCAACUGAUUCGUAACAUUUUUGCAGGAUUUUUCAAAGUUACUGACUCGUCACUGCCACUUGUCUCUCUCCAGGAGGACUUACCUCUUCUGUUGUGUGGCUCUUUUCGGGACUAACACCAUGGGAAGAUUAGAUGCGCUCCGGCAGUUUAAUUUGCUUAAAUGGCUCAGAGAGGAGAGACAGUCGAGGAAGCUGAUUCUCUUCAUCGUUUUCGUCGCUCUGCUGCUGGAUAACAUGCUGCUGACGGUGGUCGUUCCCAUAAUUCCCAGCUACCUGUACAACCUGGAUGAGUCAGCAGAUGUAGCGCUGAGGAACAACACCCUGUCACAGCAGGAUGCUCCUGGAUCCUUCCACAGCAUUGUGUCCUUAUAUGACAACACCGUCAGGUUGUCAGGCUCCAACACCACAGCCAGGAGCACUGAGCUGGUCCCUCCAACCCCUGCUACUGCACAGCAACCACAGAACUCCUCCGACUGUCCUCAGUCCACCAGCAAGCUGCUCAAUGAAAAUGUCAAAGUGGGAAUGCUGUUUGCUUCCAAGGCCACUGUGCAGCUGCUUACCAACCCCUUCAUAGGGCCACUCACUAACAGAAUAGGAUACCAACUUCCCAUAUUCAUCGGCUUCUGUAUCAUGUUCUUAUCAACUAUCAUGUUCGCCUUCUCAUCAAGCUACGCUCUGCUGUUUCUGGCCAGAUCGCUUCAAGGUGUGGGCUCCUCCUGCUCAUCUGUGGCAGGGAUGGGAAUGCUUGCUAGUGUGUACACAGAUGAUGAAGAGAGAGGUCACGCCAUCGGGAUCGCCUUGGGAGGUCUGGCAUUAGGAGUGUUAGUUGGACCCCCAUUUGGCAGCGUGAUGUAUGAGUUUGUUGGGAAGACGGCUCCUUUCCUUAUUUUGGCUUUCCUGGCUGUGUUUGACGGAGCUCUACAACUCUUUGUUCUUCAGCCCACCAAGGUGGAACCAGAGAGUCAGAAGGGGACCCCACUGCUGACACUAAUGAAGGAUCCAUACAUUCUAAUCGCAGCUGGUGCCAUUUGUUUUGGAAACAUGGCUAUUGCCAUGAUGGAGCCAACGCUGCCAAUCUGGAUGAUGGAGACCAUGUGUGCCAGGAAAUGGCAGCUAGGCGUCGCUUUCUUGCCAGCAUCCAUCUCCUACCUUAUUGGAACCAACAUCUUCGGCACGUUGGCACACAAGAUGGGGAGAUGGCUUUGUGCUCUCAUUGGAAUGAUGGUGGUUGGAAUCAGUGUAAUAUGUGUCCCUUUUGCCAGAGACAUCUAUGGUCUGAUUCUUCCCAACUUUGGCGUUGGGUUUGCUAUUGGCAUGGUGGAUUCCUCUAUGAUGCCAAUAAUGGGUUACUUGGUGGACCUGCGGCAUGUGUCUGUUUAUGGAAGUGUGUAUGCCAUUGCUGAUGUGGCUUUCUGCAUGGGGUUCGCUUUAGGUCCAUCUAUCGGAGGUUCCGUAGCGGAGAGCAUCGGCUUUCCCUGGCUGAUGACCAUCAUUGGAGUAGUGGAUAUUUUCUUUGCUCCUCUCUGUCUCUUCCUCAGGAAUCCACCAGGACAAGAAGAGAAAAUUGCAAUUUUGAUGGACACCAACUGUUCAAUGAAGACAAGAUCCUACUCCACACAGGGGACGUACUACCAGGGUGAAAACAUGGAUCCAGAGUAUGAUGAUUAUGAUUAACAGGACACCAGCCAUGCAGGUUAAACCUUCAGAGGAUCUAUUUUGUUGUAGAAAAAAAAGAAGGAGCACAGAAGAAAACAGCAAAACAGCCAAGAUACUUCUAUGUGAAUGUCCUGCAUUCAGUCCUCACUAUUCAGUGUCCUCUUAGCAGUUGUUCUGGAGCAAAACCAAAGUUGUUCUUGAUCUGUGGUUGCAAGUGCAUUGUGUAAGAGAUAUUUUUUUAGCCAACAGCCUUAUUCAAUAGAGAGAUAGAGUAGGAGAGUGCUGAGCAAUGAGUACAAUUUGCCGGUUUGUUUUGAAUACAGAUGUGUCUUAAUCCAUGUGUUGGUCAUUAAGUGUUAUCUACUGUAUCUCAGUGAUACUGUCCAGAGUAUUAUUCGCAGAAUUUGAAGUGCAAGGUGGUAUUACAAUAGGUAAUUGUGUGGCAUGUUUAGAAACUGAUGUCUAUCAAAAUCCAGUAAGAUUUGUCGUUCUGUUUGCAUUGGUCCAAACCAGGGGCUUCCCCAGUCCAAUAGUUGUGGCUGAACUGCACAGGGAAAUCAAUAUAUCUGAGCUGCUGAAGAAAGUGAAGAGUAUUCUAGAGCAGAAUAUAGAUACAUGAUGUCAUCCUAACAUGAAUAGAAAAUAUAGUUUUUUUGCAUCUUGGCAACUUCAAAAAGAGAGACCAUAUAAAACAUUUCCCAUAGAUACUGCUGUUGAGAAAUAGAUUUUAAAAAAACAACAACAAUGUCCUGUUUCUAUGAACAGUAUCAAAUUGUAUCCAUCUGUAUUUACACACACACACACACACACACACACAGUUUACUAUAACAGCAUGGAGUCAGUAUUAUCAAGCAUAGUUUUGGAAGCAGCAGAUCUAAAUAAACUGAAAACUUCCCCACAAGCAUUCCCAGUUCCUCCAUCUUCCCUGUAGGUCUCUAUCAUUUAUGUAAGUAUCGCUGCUUUAAGAUCACAACACACCAUGUCUAAGCAGCAUUAUGUUUUGGAUGCUGUCUGCAAACCUUGUCUCUUUUGUUUUGUAAUAGCAGGACCUUAUACAGGUAGAUAAAAUAUCACAGCUAAUAGAAUAGCUUCCUCUGUGUUGGACUCUUCUACUCUCCAUUUCCUCAGAAAUGCUAAAGCAGUUUGCUAAUGGUCAAUGACGCCAACUUGAGUCAAAAUUCACCAAAAUUAGAGUUGAAGUGAGAGUUUCAUACUGAUUUCAUUUGUCCCCAUUGAUUUCUGCCAUUGAAAUGAACUGAUUUUGCUCCAAAAUGCUGCAGUUUUAAAUGCUGUUUUGACUGGGCUUUGAUGGGCCAGAAAACUGCAUAGCUUUCUGUAUAUUCAUAAUCUUUAUGUGGAACACAGUUCAAAGUUCCUGCACACAAAGACCAACAGAGUUCAGCCCCAUGUGAUUUUGUUAUGUUCCCAAAAAAUUAUUUUUUUCUUUUUUUUUUUUUUUUUUACAAAAUACAGAGCUCUUUACAAAAGAUGUUUCUCAAUUUGACAUGCAAGCUACAGACUUCCAUUCAUUUUCUGUAAACUACUCAGUGGAAAGAGAUCCAAAUUCCAGCCACGCUUAUAGUAAAAGAAUAACUUUAAAUGUUAAAUCCCAUGAGAAGCAUUAAAAUUGUGCAAGCUGAAUUUGCCGAUUACUAUUUCAGAAUGCUGAUCACAUGCAGCUUCUCCUCUGAUUUGCGUUGUGAGCCAAAAUAGCAACAGCAUUUGAAGCAACAGCAUUUUGAUUGACAGCUGGAUGGAUGUAGCCGGUGGCGGCUGGGUGGGGGAGGGAGGAGUCGUUCCUGGUGACGCUCUUUGUGUUUCUGCCCUGAGACAUCAUCAGCAUUGAUACUUACACCUGGGCUUCUUCUGUGUCGUGGUCAGUAUCUACAGUAUUAAAUAUACACAGUCCACUUACAGUCCCACCAAUAUGCAUUCUGCGAAAUACGCUUAUUCUUGUGUUUUGCCAGAUGUUAGAAGAUAGGAUUUAUACUCUUCUCACAUCUAUAUGUAAAAUAUGAAGCUCAUACGAGUAGCUGGUUAGUGUAGCUGAACAUAAAGACUGGAAGUGGUUGAACAGCUAGUCUGGCUCUGUACAAAUGUGAUACGUUAAGCUCACUGAUAAACUAACAGCUGGUUCUACAUUUUUAACAAAUGAUGGCUGAGAAGAGUUAGCAAUCUUCAAAUCAAAGUCUCCCAAAACGUUGAGCUAUUCCUUUAAGGCAUUCUCCGUGUUUAUAUUCUAUAGUAUUACUUUCACAAAUUCUUUGCAAAAACUGGGAAUAUACACCACCAGUCAAAAGUUUGGACAUACCUUCUCAUUCAAUGAUUUUUAUACAUUGUAGAUUAAUACUGAAGACAUAACUAUAAAAGAAUACAUUUGGAAUUAUGCUGUAAACAAAAAGUGGUAAUCUACAAUGUAGAAAAUAAUACAAAUAAAUAAAAACUAUUAAAUGAGAAGGUGUGUUCAAACUUUUGACUGGUAGCGUAAAUUUAAAAAAUAUUCAUUGAAGGAGUGGAAAAACUUUUCAAGCUAUUUUUGGGAUUCGAAUGAAACACUAAGAACCAGUAUUUAAUUUCUAUGUGGUUAUUUUAAAUGUCCCACUGAAUCAAUGAGAACAAGGGUUGUUUCAAAGACGACCACAUCAUGACCAUUUGUACAAUAAUGAUUUAAUCUUAUGCAUUAGAUCUUUCCUAUCAGACGGCACUGAUCCGAUACUCUAUUUUUCAUUAAAGUUGAGACCAAAACUAAUCAGCCAACAUGUUCAAUCAGUUCAACAGAUAACACUGAAAGGAAUGCUUAUACUCUCUUCAUGGCAUUGUCAAUUUCUGAAAUCUGGUCCUUCACUUGAUCAGGACUCAGGGAGAUACCCUCUUUCCCCGGCCUCAUAGAUUAAUGCAACACAGCCCACACUACCUGUUGCUUUUUGCUUUUCAGAGGUAAAGGCCAGAGGAGAUCAUUCAGUCUAGUUUUUACACAGGAUUUAGGAAAAUAAAUGACAACAAUCUUCUCAGGUUGUCUGUUAAACCCAUCGAUAGGUAGACACAGGAAAGUUUUUAAAAAGUCAGCAUAUCAAUCAUCAUCUUUUCUGCAUAAAAGAGCUCAUCAUGCCUUAAGUGUGUACGCUGUUGCAGCUUUUGUACAAAAGUACUAAAACACUCCUGAAUGACUGGACAGUGAUGUGCUUACUUGGCUCUCAAGUGGACAGUAAAAUGGUGCUGAGUGCUAUUGGUUCUUCUGUUUUGAGGUGUCUUUACAAUCAGCUACUAUUUAUUUUUGAUCCUGUUUUAGGUAUAUCUUGAAAACUGUACAUAUUUUUCAAUGGUAGCAGUGGUCUAACCCUGUCCUGGACAGAACCACCUACAUUCACAACAUUAGACUGAAUAAGACAGGAAGGAGGGCAACCAGCUGAUAUACACACUGUCUUAGUUGAUACACUGUAGAGCUGCACUUGAUUAUUAUCAUCACAGAGGCAUUGGUCUUUGCAGUUACAGGUAACAGGUCAUUUAGAGGAGGUGACCCACAGCGCCACCUGCUGUAUUUUAGUUGUACUGUGUUGUAAAUUAAUAUUAACUAAGAUUUACAAAUCCUUUACUGCUGCUGUUGUUUGUGGAUCAGUAGCUUUAAAGUAGUGUUUAAUGUUCUUCAAAAGUCCCACACUUACGAAGUCUGCCUGAACAUCCCAACAUGCUCAGAGCCUUUAGCAGUGAAAGCAGAUGGCAGAUGGGUCUGAACACUUUGGUCCGCUCCAGUUUAAUUGGCUAUUUGCAAACACUGUUGUCAUCAUUUGCUUGUAUCUGUGAAAAGGUCAAUCUUAAUUUAAAGAAGAAAGCAAUGGUGGUCACCAUGAACGGAGCGGAUUAUCUUCCACAGCACAAAUCUGAAAGAUUGCCUUUUGAAGAAAAAGGGUUACCCUAACCCUAAACUGGAGAUUAAACUUGUGAUCAUCAGCUACAGGAUAAUAUUACAAACCAAACUAUUGAUAAAAGUAACUGCAGAUUUAAGGAGGAAGAAAAUUUAGGCACUUGUCAAAGGAAGGCAAAAAAAUAGGCUAUCAAGACCUCAAGCAUCUUUAUGACAGGAUUAUCAAGCAUUAAAGUGGUAAAAAUGGUGUAAGUCUGCAGAGAAAACGGCUACCCAGCACAUAAACUGAAUUAAAAACCAGCAGUUGUGGACAAGUGAGGUUAUGUGCUUAGUUGGAUUAUCACCUGUAUUAAACUGUGUGGAAAAUGUGUAAUAGUACAUUUGUCAAAGUUGUGUAAUUUUCUGGCUCUGCAUGUGUCUAAAAUGGUUGUUGCCAUUUCCUGUACUGCUCACCUAAAAGCACCAUUAGCUACAGUAAUGUGUUCGAUGUGCUGCUGCUUUGAUAAAACUAAACAGAUAAAAACAUGAAGGGUCCAUCGUGUGUUUCAGUUCUGUUGCAGAUAAUCAGCAAACAGUAAGUUUACAGUAAACCCUAGAUUUUUUAUUUAUGUAUUUAUUUUUUACAAUUUAGCGUUAAGUUAUUGCAAAACUUCUCAUCAGUACAAACUAAAAGGGCAGACACAGAGAGACACACUCUGGACUUAGAUGACUUAAGUUGUGAGUACGGAUGACUGAUAUCAGGAGAAGUGACGCCGACAGAGCAGCAGUACAUGCAAGCAAUGCCAGUGUCAGUUCUGAGGAUUGUCCAUCCAUCCAUCCAUCCAUUGUCUUCUGCUUAUCCGGGGCUGGGUCGUGGAGGCAGCAGGCGAAGCAAGUCAUUCCAGACAUCCCUCCCUCCAGUGACGCUUUCCAGCUCUUCCUGGGGGAUCCCGAGGCUUUCCCAGGCCAGACAAGAUAUAUAAUCCCUCCAGCGAGUUCUGGGUCUGCCCCGGGGUCUCCUCCCAGGCGGACAUGUUCGGAAAACCUCCAGAGGAAGUCUCCUUGAAGGCAUCAGAAUCAGAUGGCCAAAGCAACUCAACUGGCUCCUUCUGACACAAAGGACCAGCGGUUCUACUCCGAGCUCCCUCCGGAUGUCUGAGCUUCUCACCCUAUCUCUAAGGCUGAGCCCAGCCACCCUGUGGAGGAAGCUCAUAUCAGCCGCUUGUAUCCGCGAUCUUGUUCUUUCGGUCACUACCCAGAGCUCAUGACUGUCGUGCGUGCUGAAGGUCAUGAUGUGAGGAAGCCUACAGAACCGCAUCAUCUGCAAAAAGUAGAUAUAUGAUCCUGAGGUCCCCAAACCAGACACCCUCCUCACCCGAACUGCGCCUUGAGAUCCUGUCCAUGAACACCACAAACAGGAUCGGAGACAAGGGACAGCUCUGGUGGAGUCCAACACCCACUGGAAACGUGUUUGACUUUGUGCCGAGUAUGUAGACACAGUUCUUACUUUGGUUGUACACGAACCGAAUGGAAUGGCUUGUAUCAGCGAGCCUGGUGCCUCAUACUCCCCCAGUGCCUCCCACAGAGCCCCUCGGGGGACAUAGUCGUAGGCCUUCUCCAGAUCCACAAAACACGUGCACUGGCAAGUCGAACUCCCAUGACUCCCUUGCUCCUCCUGAAUCCGAGGUUUGACAAUCGGUAGGAGCCUCCCUUCCAGCACCCAAGAGUAAACUUUUCCGGGGAAAGAGGAUUCUCUCUGAUUGUAUAUAUUGCAGUUGGGAGAGGGGUCAGAUUUAGAUUACAGACUAGUAUCUAGACAACUAGUCUGCUUAGUCACGUCAGAAUAGACGAUAUCUAACCUUGACCAGAGCAGAGAGUCCUUGCAAAGCUUCCUCCUGCAGCGUCCGCCUGUUGGUGGAUAAUUUGGGAUGACGUCUGCUAACAGCUGCAAGGAAAUACCUUAGAUAGGGGAAAGAGUACUUUUUCCUUCACACUGAGUAUUUUUUACAGUUUGUCUCAGUCGCUUUGGUACAUUUCUCAGAUCAGAAUUGAAAUUCUCAAAACUACUUGUUCAAGGACGCAAGUGAAGGACAUCAUCGAAAUGGUGCAAAACAUGAAAGGCCAGUGGGCAGGACAUGUUGCCAGAAUGGACAAAAACAGAUGGGCCAAGAAAACAACGGAAUGGAGACCAAGAGAGGGGAGCAGGAAGAAAGGAAGGCCCAAGCGGAGGUGGAGUGAUGACAUCGAAGAGAAGGCCAGCAAUGUGUGGACACGUGGCACAAGAUCGUCAAGCGUGGAAGCAGAUGUGGAGGCCACCCGCCAGCAUUGUCGUGACAGGCUGUAAUAGAUAGACAGACUUGUUCAAUCUUCACAUCAUUGUGUCUCUUGUGCACAUCAAAAAAGCAGUUUCUCAUUUCUUUGAACAUGUUGCAAAUGCUUUGGUACAUCCAUGCAAAUGAUUAUAUACAAUUCUCUGCUGUUUCCUACAUUAUCAAUUGCUUAUGUGAUGCUGAUCAAAAUGUCUUGUAAUGGGUCUCUGUUGAAUAGUCUCACCCCCCACAAUAUUUAGGCAUUAAUUCAUCACAUAAGUUGUCAUAAUAUGUCAUAUUAUGUUAAGGAUAUUUUUAUACAUUUCCAUUAGACUUUUUUCUGAAUCUGUUCUGAAUUUGUUAAUUUCUUUCAGGUGAAUCUUGACUUUCUCUAACAAAGGGAAAUGUAUGAAGGGUUAGGGUUUUCUGAAAUCGCUCAACAGAAAAUCACAAAUUUGUGGCCCAACAGACAGGAAGACUGCACUGUAAUUCCUACAGCACUGCACGCACAGUUUUCCCUACUGAGAUUGUCCUAUGUUCCCAUUUCUACUUUGUUUUUUGUUGUUUUUUUCUUUGUGCCAUGCAGCGCUGUUUUCUGUAUCACAAUGACGUGGUCUGUCAACAAAUUACAAUACAAACAGUAAAAGUG